CGGCCCCGCCCAGCCGGAGGCGGGGCCGUGCGGGGCGGGGCGGGGCCGUGCGGAGCCGCGGCGGUGUGAGUUGCAGUCCCUUCAGACAUGGCUUCGAAAAGAGCAUUGGUGAUUCUGGCGAAAGGGGCAGAGGAAAUGGAAACUGUCAUCCCCACCGAUGUUAUGAGAAGAGCUGGGAUCAAGGUGACUGUUGCAGGCCUGACUGGGAAAGAACCGGUGCAGUGUAGUCGAGAUGUCCUCAUUUGUCCUGAUGCCAGUCUAGAAGAUGCCAGAAAAGAGGGACCUUACGAUGUCAUUGUCCUGCCUGGAGGUAACCUUGGAGCUCAGAACUUGUCAGAGUCUGCUGCUGUUAAAGACAUCUUGAAAGAUCAGGAAAGCAGAAAAGGCCUGAUUGCUGCUAUAUGUGCAGGUCCUACUGCCCUUCUGGCACAUGGGAUAGGAUUUGGAAGCAAAGUCACAACACAUCCUUUGGCCAAAGAUAAAAUGAUGAAUGGAGCUCACUACUGCUACUCCGAGAGCCGUGUGGAGAAAGAUGGGAACAUCCUCACCAGCCGUGGCCCUGGUACCAGCUUUGAGUUUGGGUUGGCCAUUGUUGAAGCACUGAUGGGGAAGGAAGUGGCUGAACAAGUGAAGGCACCCCUAAUAUUGAAAGACUGAAAUGCUGUUGUGGGACGUGGAGUAGAACAAUUUCAGGUGGAGAGUCUUGUCCUUUGGAAUAAUUGAAAGAUGCACAAUGUAGUUGUGGAUGAAAUUAGCAGCUGUGCUCACCCGACUUAGAGUAUCUUACCAGUUUUUAUUCCUGGAAGAAAAUUCUGUUAGCAAAAGACUUUAUCAUCAUUAGCAUGAUUAGAUAAAUAAUCUUAGCUCUUGGCAUUUCAAAAUCGCAUGGAUAAAUGUUGCUGAUUAAAUAAAAACAAACCAACCUUGA